AUGGGAGCCACAUGGUCAGAUGAAGGGGAAUGGGAGGAGGAGUCUGAGGAAUCAACUGGCGAAGGAAUCACUAAGGGUGUUGGGACACUUUAUUCCUUGCUUUCGGGGCAGGCUGUGUUCGAAGCUGAGGAAGCAGGUUAUGAAGGGGUCUGGUGCGACAAGUGCGGCGAUAACGCUGGCUUAGAGGCGGAUCUUUACUGUAUUGACUGUGAGGCCGCUUUUUGCUGGGGAUGCUCCGGGCGUUGGCAUCACCCCGGUGGAUGUAACGAACUCCACUCGCUGGAAGUUAUCGUCAAAGGAGAAGGGAAGGGACUUCGCAUAGUCACUCCACUAUUGGAUGAAAUGCUUAUCUGUGUAGCUGCAUACCACAUCUUUGAAGGGCUUAAAGACUGCAUCAAUAGCCAGUAUCUCUUCAGAUCAGAUAUCUGCCCGGUGGUCCGCAAGCAGCAAGAAUGGUUGGCUUGGGCCGACACGCUUGUGUUUUAUCACUUCAAAGAUGCUCUCAUGCACAGCUGUAGCAAUGAGGACAACUUUUGGAAACUUCUGCUGGAUGCAUGGGUCCGCACAGUUGUGACGGACUCAGACAGUUUGUUCCUUCUUCUGCGGACGCUUCCCAAUGCCCUGCUGAUCCAUUAUUUAGCCACAACACUGAUCGUGCCUCCAUUCGCCUUAGCCUACGCUUCACUGUUGGUUCUGGUUCGGAGUGUGGAAUCCCGACUGCCCAGAAACAGAUUCCUUUGCAUCGUAGCCGCCAUUGCGCAGCACGUGAGUGCAGCAAGUGCUCGGCUUGUGUCCUACAAUAUGAAAGCACCAAUGCACACCAAACCACGACAGCGUCCGUCUCAGGAUAUUUGGGAAUGCUGGACAUACUGGACCGGCAGACAGAUGCGAUGGUUCGAUUUCUACUAUCGCUCUACGAAAGAAUGUGCAACCCAACUCCUGGCGAACACCUUGCGCUGCGUGGUUAUCUUCCGAUGUCUGGGCAUCUGCUUCGGCCUUGGACGUUUUAUCCGUUACUUUCUUGACAUGGUGGGCCUAGAGCAGACAAUUGCAACACAACAGCUCUGGUUUGCCAGGGUUUACCACAUGUUGGAUACUGACCAACUGGUUUGGCGAGGCUUUGCUGGCACACUCGCUGUAACUGCUGAGCUUCUCCUGCGUGCUGACAUCCGCGGUAUAGCUACUUGCUUGCUUGGUUUGGCUGCCUUCAUAGCUUUAGACGUGCUUUUGCGUGUUGGUGUUGUUCAGCGGCGAUGGUUGCAACAGAGGAGGGUUCAGCGAACCGUGCUGCUUCCUAUGUUGGUGGUCUUGGUGGCCGUGCCAACAGCUAGAUGGGCAUUCCUGGUCAUCUACUUCGGUUUAGCUCUCCUACUGUUGUCUUUUGAGCGCCUGGUACGGUACCUGACAGACAAGCAGCAGCAAUACUUCGAACAGCAGUGGAAUGACACCUAUCGAGAUCUGGUGCUUGGGCGCUGCCCGUCUUAUAACGGAGAUGCGCCUUGCCCUUGUCCAUGCACCCAUGCAAGAGAGUCGAAAUCAUCUCGGCGACUCCCAAAGAAGGAGUGGCGCUUCCGGCUUCGAUGCUUUCGCAAAAGGGCUUGGCGCUGCAAGCGGCGCCGAGCACCGCCCGCCGGCGCGAGUACAUCAACUGAUUCGGUUUCAGCACCGAGCGAUACUGGACAAUGA